ACUGAUGCUAAAUUUGUGCGACCGCUUCAGACUGUAAACACGUGUGAAUUAUAUUCUAACUUGGAGUUAUCACAUUAUCGAAAUAAAAAGCCACUUUAUUUACAAAAUGCCGAAAGUAAAAACAGAGAAAAAGAACCGACGGCACCAGGAAAUAAAGAGUCAAGGUAUAAUGUUUAAUACUGGAAUUGGUCAGCAUAUUCUGAAAAAUCCUCUAGUUGUCAAUGGUAUUAUUGAUAAGGCUGCCCUUAGACCAACAGAUGUUGUAUUGGAAGUUGGACCUGGCACAGGCAACAUGACUGUAAAACUGCUGCAAAAAGCAAAAAAGGUGAUUGCUUGUGAAAUCGACCCUAGACUUGUUGCUGAAUUGCAAAAAAGAGUACAGGGCACUCCAUUUCGAAGUAAGCUUGAAAUCUUGGUUGGAGACGUGCUGAAGACAGAUUUGCCAUUUUUUGAUGUUUGUGUGGCUAAUUUGCCCUAUCAGAUAUCCUCUCCGUUUGUCUUUAAGUUGCUACUUCACAGACCAUUUUUCAGAUGUGCUGUGCUAAUGUUCCAGCAAGAAUUUGCUCUUAGACUGGUUGCAAAACCUGGUGAUAAACUGUACUGCCGAUUAUCAAUAAACACUCAGCUGCUAGCACGUGUGGAUCAUCUCAUGAAGGUUGGGAAGAACAAUUUUUGUCCUCCACCCAAAGUCGAAUCAAGUGUUGUUCGAAUAGAGCCAAGGAAUCCACCACCACCAAUAAAUUUUCAAGAAUGGGAUGGGCUUGUUCGGAUAGCAUUUGUGCGGAAGAAUAAGACACUAAGUGCUGCAUUUAAAUCUUCAGCAGUUGAACAACUCCUAGAGAAAAAUUACAGAGUCCACUGUUCUGUGCAUAACAUUGUGAUACCAAAUGAUUUUAAAAUUGCAGAAAUGAUAAACAGUGUCCUUCAGGAAUCUGGCUUCAGUGAAAAACGGGCCCGAUCUAUGGAUGUUGAUGAUUUUAUGAAGUUACUUCAUGCAUUUAACUCUGUGGGCAUACACUUCUCAUAAAAGGAAAACUCUAAAUGUGGAUAAUUUUUAAUGUAAAAUAAAUAUUUUUUUGAAGUCUGAA